AUGGGUUGCUGUUGUGUAUUGGCGCGUCGUGCGGUUAGUCGGAAAAAACUGCGAACAGUGGACACAGAAACGCCUGAGGGUGUCGUGGAUUUGGAUUUAGCGCGGAUUCACAAACACAUUGUUUGUAUGGGUGUGCCGGCGUUUGGGUUGGAAGCAUGCUACCGAAAUCGUUUUGCGGAUGUUUUGCGGUAUCUCGACCACAAAUAUGGUGAGAACUACAUGGUGUACAAUCUUUGUUCAGAGCCAGAGCAUCGCUACGACCUGAAACUAUUUCACGGUCGAGUUCGCGAAUACCCGUUUCCAGAUCAUUGGGCCUGUCCACUGGCAAUGAUAACGACUUUUGUUGCAGAUGCUGUACAGUUCAUUGCGCACGAGAGCCUCUCGGGUGAAGGCGUUGUAGCAAUUCACUGCAAAGCUGGAAAGGGUAGAACUGGGUUACUCACGUGCUGCUUGCUGAUGGUGAUUGAACCAUCUUUAAAGGGCUCAUCAGUGAUGGCUAUCGAGUAUUACGGUCGAAACCGCACUUCAGACGGGCGCGGUCUAACAAUCCCGAGCCAGAUACGUUAUGUCAAGUAUUACGAAGAGUUACGAAAUCAGUAUGGUGGCCAAGUUCCUGAGGAUAUUCCCGUCAUUAAUAUCAUUUCAUUCCAGUUUCGCGGUAUACUGGGUAAGGUAAGUUUUACGUCAUGUAAAUGGUAUGUUGGCGGCAGAAGCUGCGUUAUAUCUUUGAAGAAGCCAUACGAUAGUACGGUUCGUGUUGUUAAAUCCACCCGGCAUGUCACAAAAGUUGACGUUUCAAAGCACGCUUUCUUCAAGGGGCUUUCACGUGACGUCCGUGUAGAGUUUCUUUCUGGAAAGGAGAUUAUUGGUGCUUUAACGUUCCAUACCUUAUUUAUCGAGAAUGUGUACAAUUACACGGUAUUAGAUAGAGUCUGUAAAUUAAAGCUACCAGAGGAUGCAGGUAUUUCGUUGGAGUUCGUAUCGACAUCACUUGCCUGA